AGAAGUCAAUACACCAGCACAAGAUGUCUGCUCGCUCUGUGUUUGAUGGCGCGGUGUUCAUGUCAUCUGAAAUGAAGCUUCAAGAGGAUUUCAAGCGAGACACACACCCCGAUAAAGUGAAUCUGGCAGGGAGGGAGUAUGUUGGAGAGCAUGGACACACCACAUGGCUUCCUCUUGUACGAAAAAUCAAGCAGCAAAUAGCCACGGACCCGACUCUAACCCCAGAGUACCCACCCAUCCUUGGGAUCCCAGAAUUCACCAGAAGGGCAACCGAACUUGCAUUGGGCAAAGAUAGCCCCGCCAUUGUGGAAAGCAGGGUGUUCGGCGUCCAGACAGUUGGAUGUACUGGAGCUGUGCGUCUGGGCGCUGAGUUACUGAGAUCCUGCUACUGUUCAAGCUCUUCCUGGAGUGGACCCAUCUUGCUGUCCUCUCUCUGUGAUGACUCGCUGACUGGUAUGUUUAAGGCAGCAGGGAUUGAGGAUGUGCGACAUUAUCGGUACUGGGAUGCAGAAUCUAAUGGAGUGGGUGUGGAAAAUAUGGUGCAUGACUUGAAGAACGCUCCGGAACGAUGUGUGGUGGUCCUGUUUGCUUCAGGUCACUGUCCCACCGGUGCUGAACUUUCUCAGGAGGACUGGAAACGUGUGGCUGAGGUCAUGGUGGUAUGGUCUCAUAAUGAAAAGCGCCAGUUAUUUCCAUUCUUCUUGAUGUCUGCCCAAGGCUUGUGCAGUGGUUCUCUUGAGCAAGACGCCUGGCCUGUUCGCUACUGUGUAUCUUUGGGGCUUGAACUUCUCUGCGCUCAAUCUUUUUCUCACAACUUUGGCCUUUAUGGUGAGAGAGUGGGGCAUCUGCUCUCUGUGUUAAAGCAGAACCUGCUGGCCGUACAAUCUCAAGCUGAGAAACUCGUUCAGAAGCUUUGGUCCUGCCCGCCGAUGGAAGGGGCCAGGGUGGUUGCCACCGUAUUAAAUAAUCCUGCCAAUCUAUUUGAGUGGCAGGAGAGUGUGAAGGCCAUCGCUGAGCGCUGCAUGCUAAUCCGAGAGCGUCUGCGUGAGAGACUGAGGCUAUUGGGUGGUCCGUGGCAUUGGGAUCACAUAGUAAAACCUGGAGGGCUUUAUUGCUGUUUCGGACUCAAUACUCAACAGGUUGAGUUUCUGGUUCAGAAGAAACAUAUCUACUUGUUAUCCAACGGGUGUCUGAAUGUCAGUGCCAUUAACAGCCGUAACCUGGACUAUGUUGCUGAAUCCAUACAUCAAGCCUUAAGCUCUCAACUCUGAUCUCUCAUCACCCAAAAACUUCAGCUCUUCAUCUGUAGAAUGGCUUUAAUCAGCUAUGCAUUGGGAAUUUCUAUCUUUGAAUCAUAAGCAUGUGUAUUUCAAAUAUAUUCAAACAGACUAUUAACUUUCUUAGACUUAACAUUUAAUGAAGGCUUGUAAUGCAGACAGAUCUGCAGUCGACUUCACUGGUUUCCUGUUGUCUAAUUAUUAGUUAUUUUGUUUGUUGUAAUAUAUUUAUGGGACAGACUGUUCUUUGAUUGGGGCUGAAAGAAGUAACUCACAAGAAAUAAAAGUACAUCUGUAUAUCA